AUGGCAGGCUCUGAAGGAUUCGUUGAAGCGGAUAAUGCAGAAGCCAUUAUCACCAGAAUUGAACACAAAACUCUCAAGAUCGAAAGCUUACUCAAACAGUUUAAACCCGUGGAAGCUCUUAAAACUGCUCUUGAAGGAACCUAUGCCAUGACUAGUGAUGAGCGUUGCAAGUCGGCACAUUGGAUUGUUGUGCAUAGAGCAAUAAUGGCUAUAAAAGAUGUGGAUGGGAUGCUUUCUUCCUUGGAUCCUGAAUACUAUGACAUCCUAAUGAAGUAUUUAUAUAGAGGCUUAUCAACGGGAGAUCGUCCAACAUGUGAUCAAUGUCUUCGAAUUCAUGAAAAAUUGACAGAGAGAGCAGGCCAUGGUUGCAUUCUACGUUUCUUAACUGACACUGUAAAUACAGUUUGA